AUGCAUGCUGCUUUUUUGGGCAAGCUGAUGAUAGAGCUGCGAGUCUUUUCCUUCCACUCAGAUGAAAUCAUGCAUCAGGAUAUCAUUCCCCUCUAUGCUGCGGAUAUUCAGGACCAGUUAAAGAAACAAUUUGCUUACCUGUCAGGUGGAAGAGGGGGAGAUGGAUGCCCUGUUAUCACCUUUCCAGACUAUCCAGCUUUCAGCGAGAUCCCCGAGAAGGAGUUCCAGAAUGUCCUGACCUACCUGACGAGCAUCCCAAGUUUACGAGAUGCUGGAAUUGGAUUUAUUCUUGUCAUAGAUCGCAGACAGGACAAAUGGACCUCCGUGAAAGCUUCCAUACUGCGGAUAGCAGCAUCUUUCCCGGGAAACCUGCAGCUAGUCCUCGUUCUGCGCCCAACAGGAUUUUUUCAUCGAGCUCUCUCGGACAUUGCUUUCAAAUUCAACAAAGAUGAGUUUAAAAUGAAAGUACCUAUCAUAAUGCUGGGCUCAGUAUCAGAACUGCAGGGUUACAUUGAUAAAACACAAUUAACAGAAGAUCUUGGUGGCACCCUGGAUUACUGCCAUAACAGAUGGCUGUCCCGUCGCACUGCUAUAGAAGGUUUCGCCCAAAAGGUUAAGCAAACAGCUCAGAUUCUUCAGUCCUUUGGGACUGAGCUGGCUGAAACAGAACUACCGAAUGAUGUGCAGUCAACCAGCUCCCUUCUUGCAACACACACAGAAAAGAAGGACAAAAUGAAGGAGGAUAUCAGGUUAGCAGUAAAACAGGGAGGUGAUAUCCGUGAAAGUAUUACAAAACCAGUUACUGAGAAUCCUGAAUACAAACUGAAUCAAGAUCAGCUAGACAAUCAAACAACGGUAGAAAGGCUUCUGGCUCAAUUACAUGAAACAGAGACUGCUUUUGAUGAGUUUUGGAUUAAGCAUCAGCAAAAACUUGAGCAAUGUCUGCGCCUUCGGAAUUUUGAACAGAAUUUCAGAGAGGUCAAAGCAGCUUUGGAUAUUGUGUCUGAGAGACUGUCUACUUUCACAGAUGUAGGAAACAGCUGUUCACAUGUGGAGCAUAUUUUGAAAGAUCUUGCCAACUUUGAAGAAAAAUCACGUGAAACUGUAGCAAAAGCCAGAAUGCUAGCCUCAGAGGGUGAUGCUUUUAUUCAAAGCAAUCAUUAUGCUGUGGAUUCCAUUAUUCCAAAAUGCAGUGAACUUCAUCAUCUCUGUGAUGCCUUCACUACUGAGACAGAACGGAGGAGGAAUCUUCUUAACAAAUCUCUAGAACUGCAUGGCUUACUAGAAAAGGCUCUGAAGUGGUGCGAUGAAGGAAUUUAUUUGCUGGCUUCGCAGCCGGUAGAUAAGUGUCAGUCUCAGGAUGGUGCAGAAUCAGCAUUACAGGAGAUCGAGAAAUUCCUGGACACUGGUGCAGGCAAUAAAAUCAAGGAGUUGAAUAAAAUUUACAGAGAGUAUGCACACAUCCUCAAUGAGGACCUAAAGGAGCAUGUGCAAAAGGUUUUUCAGAAGCAAGAAAGUAUGGAAGAAAUGUUUCAAAAGAGACAAGUAAGUCUUAAGAAACUGGCAGCUAAGCAGACACGUCCUGUUCAGCCAGUUGCACCAAGACCUGAAGCCUUUGUAAAAUCUCCUUGUACCUCUCCAGGUCUUCAAAGAGAAUACAUAUCCAACUCGGAAAGCAGUGCGCUUCGGAGAGUAAACUGCAGAAGAGGAAAGAGUGAAAUGACUGAACUCCAUCAAAGCAGAGGAGGAUCUACAAUGGAUGAUGAAGAAAACCUAGCUGUGUUACGGCAGCAUGUAAUGAAUGAACUUAUUGAGACUGAACGAGCAUAUGUGGAAGAACUUCUGUGUGUUCUUGAGGGUUAUGCUGCAGAGAUGGACAACCCCUUAAUGGCUCAUCUCAUUUCACCAGAACUCCAAAAUAAGAAGGAUAUCUUGUUUGGGAAUAUGGAAGAAAUUUAUCACUUUCACAACAGAAUAUUCUUGAGAGAACUAGAAAACUACGUAGAAUUCCCAGAACUAGUAGGACGGUGCUUUCUGGAUCAGAUGGAAGAUUUCCAGAUUUAUGAAAAAUACUGUCAAAAUAAACCUCGAUCUGAAAGUUUGUGGAGGCAGUUUUCAGAUUCUGUAUUCUUUCAGGAAUGUCAAAGGAAACUCGAUCACAAGCUCAGUUUGGACUCAUACUUGCUGAAACCCGUUCAAAGAAUAACCAAAUACCAAUUACUGCUAAAGGAAAUGCUGAAGUACAGUAAGAACUGUGAAGGUGCUGAAGAUCUUCAGGAGGCAUUAACUUCUAUAUUGGGUAUUCUCAAAGCCGUUAAUGAUUCUAUGCACCAGAUAGCCAUUACAGGCUAUGAUGGAAACCUGAAUGAGCUGGGCAAGCUUUUAAUGCAGGGAUCCUUCAAUGUCUGGACUGAUCAUAAAAAGGGUCACUCGAAGGUGAAGGAUUUGGCACGCUUCAAGCCAAUGCAGCGACACCUCUUCCUCCACGAGAAAGCAGUGCUGUUCUGUAAAAAGCGAGAAGAAAAUGGAGAGGGAUACGAGAAAGCGCCUUCUUAUAGCUACAAACACUCCUUAAAUAUGGCAGCAGUUGGAAUAACAGAAAAUGUCAAAGGUGAUGCAAAAAAAUUUGAAAUCUGGUAUAAUGCAAGGGAAGAAGUUUACAUUAUACAGGCACCAACCCCUGAAGUUAAAGCUACUUGGGUAAAUGAAAUAAGAAAAGUGCUGACAAGUCAACUGCAGGCAUGCAGAGAAGCUAGUCAGCACAGGACACUAGAACAAACACAGAGUUUACCUCUACCAGCAUCAUCUUGUACAAGUCCUUCACGGAACCACAUCAGAAACACCAAAAAAAUGGAGGAGAGAAAAGCUGAUCUCACGAGUCUAGAAGGUUAUGGCACCGCAGUAGCACCAAAGUACCCUGAGAAAGGCAAAGGUUGGGGUAAAACAUCUCAUUCUCUUGAUGCAUCUGAAGAAAAUGACGGCUGGUCUAGUGCUGAAGAUCCUCUGAAUUCAUCAGAUGCGGAGGAAGAAGGAGGAGGAGGGGGAGGCGAGAUGAAGCUGACUCCUGGUAAAUACACAGUUGUGACUGAUUAUGAGAAAGGAGUUUCUGAAGAAUUUACAGUGAAAAGUGGAGAACUAGUUCAACUGAUUCGUGAAGGGGAGGAUGGACUUUGGUAUGUAAAGAACCUGAGCACUGGUAAAGAAGGUUGGAUCCCAGCAAACAAUCUGCUGAUGCUCAUCGGCAAUUCAAAAUCAGCUCAAUCUUUAAGCAGCUCUGAAUCGGGCACUGCCUCCAGUGCUUUGAGCACAUCAUCAAGUUGCAGUGAUAGCUGCAAUGCCAGCAGCACCAGCUUCUCCGACAUAAAGGGCUAA